UUGAAGAUGAUGAUCCCUCCCACUGGGGGCUGCCUCUCUGGGUGAGGGAGUGGGCAAAGCAGGAAGAAGGCAAGGCAUUGCAUGCUAAAAAGGGCAGUGGACGUUCAAGGAGUGCUAAAAGGUGGGGGUUUUAAACAUCAAGGAAUGGAGGAGAGGUAUAAUUAACCUGAUAUGUGCCAGAUCACUGUUUACGUUGAUCGUCAUCAUCAUCGCCGCCACCACCUUCAUCUUUCCUAUUACUAAGUGAAAUGCACCAGGUCUGCAUGGAACCCCAAUAUUGAUCAUGGAGAUUGAAAACAUCGUGGCCAACACUGUGCUGCUGAAAGCCAGAGAAGGUGGCGGUGGUAAGAGGAAUGGCCGCAGUAAGAAAUGGAAGGAGAUGCUGAGGCUGCCACAUAUCAGUCUGUGUGAGGAGCUGAGGCGAGUAAUAGAAAGGGAUUACUCCAGUCUCUGUGAGAAGCAACCGAUUGGGAGACUUCUCUUCCGACAUUACUGCGAUACAAGGCCAGAGCUGAAACGGUGCGUUGAGUUCUUAGACGCCGUGGCGGAGUAUGAAGUGGCACCAGACGAGAAGCGCAGAGACUGCGGGUUGAAGGUUUUAGACACAUACUUCAAUAAUGGGUCGGCAGCCCAUUUACCAGAAAUACCUCAGGAAGUAGUACGAGAAUGCAGAGAGAAGCUGGAGCAGGCUCCCUGCAAAGAGCUCUUUAAAGAGUGCACCAAAAUUGUUCAUGAAUAUCUCAGCAGAGUGCCGUUUUCACAGUACCAAGAAAGCAUGUAUUUUUCACGCUUCUUACAGUGGAAAUGGUUAGAAAGGCAACCUGUAACCAAAAAUACCUUCAGGCAUUACAGGGUACUGGGAAAGGGUGGAUUUGGAGAGGUUUGUGCCUGCCAAGUCCGUGCUACCGGUAAGAUGUACGCCUGUAAAAAGCUUGAAAAGAAAAGAGUAAAGAAGAGAAAAGGUGAAGCAAUGGCAUUAAAUGAAAAACGAAUUUUAGAAAAAGUUAACAGUAGCUUUGUGGUUAAUUUAGCCUAUGCCUAUGAAACCAAGGAUGCACUUUGUUUAGUAUUAACCAUAAUGAAUGGUGGGGACUUGAAAUUCCACAUCUACAACAUGGGAAACCCUGGCUUUGAUGAGGAGAGGGCCAUUUUCUACGCUGCAGAGAUCUGCUGUGGCCUGGAGGAUUUACACAGAGAGCGGAUUGUGUACAGAGAUUUGAAACCAGAGAACAUUCUUUUAGAUGACCGUGGUCAUAUCCGCAUUUCAGACCUUGGCCUAGCAGUCCAGAUCCCUGAGGGAGAGGUGAUACGAGGGAGGGUUGGGACUGUCGGAUACAUGGCCCCAGAGGUGAUCCUGAAUGAGAGCUACACGUUCAGCUCAGACUGGUGGGGGCUGGGCUGCCUGGUGUUCGAGAUGAUCCAAGGCCAGUCCCCUUUCCGGCGGCGCAAGGAGAGGGUAAAGCGGGAAGAGGUGGACCGGCGAGUGCGUGAGGACCAGGAGGAAUACUCGGACAAGUUCUCUGAGGAGGCCAAGUCCAUCUGCCGAAUGUUAUUGAAUAAAGAUCCCAAAUUACGAUUGGGCUGUCAAGGACAAGGAGCCGCAGAGGUGAAGCAGCACCCGAUAUUCAAAAGCAUCCACUUCAAGAGGCUGGAAGCUAACAUGCUGGAUCCUCCCUUCACUCCUGACCCUCGAGCAGUGUACUGCAAAGACGUCUUGGAUAUUGAGCAGUUCUCCACAGUCAAGGGGGUAAACUUGGACCCCACAGAUGACGAUUUCUAUCACAAAUUUGUUACAGGCAGUGUCUCCAUCCCCUGGCAGAAUGAGAUGAUCGAGAUGGAAUGUUUCAAAGAAAUCAAUGUAUAUUGGGCAGAUGGGACACUGUGUUCGGAUCUUGAUGUAAAUAAGCCUGUGCCCCCGCCAAAGCGAGGCUUCUUUUACAGACUCUUCAGGAGAGAGGUCUGUUUUAAGAGUGGGUACAGUGAUGAUGAAGAGGGGCCCUCAAGACUGUAAACCACUCUCUCAGCCAAAACAUCGCAAUCUUUAAAAAAAAAAAAAAAAAAAAAAAAGAUUGUUUUACUGUAUUUAUGAAUUGUAUUAAGUGUAUUAUAAUUAAAAAAAAAAAUACUGUAUGAGUUUACAGAUUUUGUACAUUUGUACUUGAAUUAUGUCCAUGUAUAUUUUCACUAAAAGUUGUAUUGUACAAAAAGCCAUAUAAGUACCACUUGAAUGCAUACAUAAUGAAUAUAAAAAUAUGUAUUUAAACUUUUUUUCAGAAGGAGCACGGUAACGGUACCAUUAAAUAAAAUGCAGCUUUGUCAUUUCCCACUCAGACAGUAUAACUUCUUUACAUUGGCAUGCAAGUUGAGCUCUGUACCUACAGCUGUAUGAAUAGACAUAUCAGGGGCCGUUGUUGGGGGCAAGAUUUGUAAAGUUGUCCAUACAUGUAAAUUGUAGUUGAUUUUCUCCAGAAAUUCAUGGUGACAUCUGAAGUUGCUGGAAAGAUUUAAAAAAAAAAAAAAAAGAGAAUUGUGAAAAUAAUAAUAAUAAUCAGAAAAUGCAUCGAGUAACUAACAAAAACAGUCCUGAAAGCUAUUAUGACAUUUCUUAGCCACUUCUGUCACAAAGAUCCCUUUUAAAAUCCAUUUUAAACUAAUUAACCAUAGACACAGUAUCACUGCAGAUGGUUUUUGUUUGUUGAUAUAUUUAUAUUUAAAAAAAAAAGUUUUCUUAACAGUAAAAGGGAAAUCUGUAAUAAUGUAUAAUUAGAGGUAAGAAAAUUGAUCAUUUUCGUAUGUACCGGGGCACUCCGUGUACCAAUGCUGUCCAACCAGAAUGUAUAGCAAUAGAUCUCAGAAAGUGGGUCAGAGCCCCGCUGUCUCUGCAUCAUAUUAACAUGGUCCAUUUCUCACUUCAGUUUCAAGGCCCAUUUAGGAUAUUCAAAUCUACUAAAGUAGGAUGUACAUAGUAAAAAGAAAACAUUGCUACCUUUACAGCUAUUGCCAAAAGUUUUGCAUCAACUUAAAUUUUAGGAUUGAGACAUACUUUAUAUAUAAAAAGAUUUGAACAUAAUUUAGAUAUUUUAUUUAACAUCAUGUUAUCAAAGAAACUACAAAAUUAUAUCACAAAUAUCUAGCGGAAGCCAUAAUAGUGGUACAGUAUUUCAUGUUCGAUUUCGAGAUGUCAUAUUUUUCCAAUUUUGUCAGUUUUUCGUAGUAUAUGGAAAACUACAAAGUGGUAUGUAAUGUAACAUUAUUCAGCAGCUUUCAUUCGACUUUAUGAAACAAAAUGAGUUAAUUCUACAGAGGGAUGCAAAACCUUUGGCCGUAGCUGUAGUAUUUGAGAGCUGAGUUAGGUAUGGUGUCCUACAAAUCUAUAGAGUAAUGGGGAGAUACAGGGUUAGCUUGGCACAUGAUGUCCAGUACGUAGAAGUUACCUUGUCAUGCAGUUGGUCGGUAUUUCCAGUCGCAGAAAGUAGCUAGUUUUUUGUCUUUUAAUCCGAGAAUAUUUUUAGAGCCUUUCCGACAAACGUAAACUACUGCGUUUUUAAUCCAUUUGUGUUUAUUUGAUGGUGUUUUUGUUCCAAGAAUGUGUGCUUUUGUUGUGUAGUGCAUGCACUUCUAAACAGACAACUGAAGGAAAAAAAAACAAAA